CCGACGCGCGAGGCCGGGGGCCGCCGGGCACGCGUACACGUUUCGCUUCGAUUUUCACGGAACCGGAACGAAACGCUAGCUAGCUCUUGCGUUGCGCCAUGAAGACCACUUCGUCGCACGGGCUCCACACCGCGUCGCUCUGCACGCCGUACCUCCUCCUGGUGCCGCUCGGCCUCCUCGCCCUGCUGCUGGCGCUCCCGAGCCUCGGCUCCUCCCACACCCGCUCCCAGGGCCUCGGCGUGCUCUGCCGCGGCGCGACGGAGUACUCCGACGACGGCGCCGGCGGCUACCACUCCGUCGCGCCGACGGGCGCCGACGACGAGAAGAAGAAGAAGGCCUCCGUCGUCGUCGCCGCCGACGCCGACGCCGAGACGACGACGCCGGAGCUGAGCCUGCUCGUGGGCGUGCUGACCAUGCCGAGCCGGCGGGAGCGGCGGGACAUCGUGCGGAUGGCCUACGCGCUGCAGCCUCCUCCUUCGCGGCCGGCGCGCGUGGACGUGCGCUUCGUCUUCUGCAACGUGACGGACCCGGUGGACGCGGCGCUGGUGGCGGUGGAGGCCCGGCGCCACGGCGACGUGCUGGUGCUCGACUGCACGGAGAACAUGAACGACGGCAAGACGCACGCGUACCUGUCCUCGGUGCCGCGGCUCUUCGCGUCGGGGCGCUACGACUACGUGAUGAAGACCGACGACGACACGUACCUGCGCGUGGCGGCGCUGGUGGAGGAGCUCCGCUCCAAGCCCCGCCACGACGUCUACCUGGGCUACGGCUUCCCCGUCGGCGACGACCCCAUGCCGUUCAUGCACGGCAUGGGCUACGUCGUGUCGUGGGACGUCGCGCGCUGGGUGUCCGCCAACCAGGACAUCCUCCGCCACAACGACACGCACGGGCCCGAGGACCUGCUCGUCGGGAAAUGGCUCAACAUCGGCGGCAGGGGCAAGAACCGGUACGACCUCAAGCCGCGGAUGUACGACCUCAGCUGGUUCAUGGACAACUUCCGGCCGGACACCAUCGCCGUGCACAUGCUCAAGGACAACCGACGGUGGGCGGCCACGUUCAGGUACUUCAACGUCACCGCCGGCAUCAACCUGUCCCACCUGCCGUGAUCGACUAGUUAAUCACUUCGAUUUUUUUGUAUUUCUGUGACUGACGUUGACUGAUUGUGCCAAGGUGGCGUGCGUAAGCCACAUUCCUUUCUUGUACUAUUUAUUUAUAUUACUAUUAUUAUUAGUCCUCUGAUUGGGCAUCGUCAACUAUCAACGUGCCAUACUGGCAUGAAACUUUGCUCCGCCCAUAUUUUGGCUAUUACCAAUUCAGUUUCUCCAUUCUCUUUUCUGGUA